GCUCAGAAACUCGAUCGCCGCGUUCAGAUUGCUUCAGUUAUGGCGAAUCUUGCACAUACUCUCGGCAAUGUGGAACAGUACACUUGUUGGGCUCAUAUACUCGAUUCCUUGAACCGACUCGGGGUUGUUGGAAUGUCUGACGAUGAGGAAACACUAGACACUCAAGGACAGCAGGGGAUCAUUGUGUAUGAGCCUGCAUUCCGCAAUCCCGGGUUCAAUAUAGUCUAUGACCGAGUCGACUCAACCAGAGAGAUCGAAAAAUCCAUAUUCACUGCCGUUGGGCGAAAACAGCUUCCUAGGAUCCGUGGAUAUGACCGUGUCGAGCGCUCUCCUCCAGCAAAUCUCCCUCGGUCGUACUACCACCCCGAUUAUCUGAAUGCAAUGGAAAAAGGAGUUGUUGCUAAUGUUGCAAUCGCGAUUGAUGAAGAAACUGCUAUUCCUAGGUACGAAUCACUAUGCAAAUGA